AUGUUGACAAUCAGAGAGAAAACCAAGCUCAUUGUUGGCAUCGACUAUGGUACCACAUAUUCGGGCCUUAGCUUUGCAUAUUCUAAUGCGACGGAUUUCAAAGACAUUUUUCCAUGGACCAAAUACCCGGGUUCUUCCUCGCAUGGUGCCGAGCACUGCGUGAAGGCACCAACCCAAGUCGCAUUCGCGGAUGAGAAUCCAGAGCUGGAAGAAACCGCAUGGGGAUACCAAGUAGAAGCAGGGAUGAAAACGUGCGCCUGGACGAAGCUUCUUCUAGACAAGUCCUCUCUUGCAUCUGUCCAUGACGAUCCGGAUCUUUACUUAUCCCCGGGCAUGGAUAUACUGCAUUUGCCCAAGGGACGAUCGGCCAAAGAUGUUGCCACGGAAUAUCUCAAAGGCAUGAAGCGCAUGUUUGACAGUGCCGUCAAAGAACACCUUGGAGCGCAGAAUAUCGACCAUCUUCCGAUCGACUUCUGGCUUACUGUUCCGGCAUCUUGGAGCGAGAAAGCAAAGAUGCUCACCAAGUCUGCAGCGACCGAUGCCGGUUUUGCUACACGGCCCAUUGACAGGAUCAUGCUCAUCUCCGAACCAGAAGCAGCAGCACAGCUUGCGUUGAAGUCGAGUCUACACCGACUGGAAGACUUUGUCAAGCCCAACACCGGUGUUAUGAUCUGUGACUGCGGAGGCGGUACUGUUGAUAUCACCACUUACCAAGUCGAAGAGACGCAACCGACUCUGAAGCUACGAGAAAUAGCCAUCGGUGCAGCUGGCAAAUGCGGCGGAACUUUUGUGGACAGAAAUCUCUACAGAUUGCUGGCACAGCGCUUCGGAGAUGCCUUUACGUCACUCGAGACUGAGCAGAUUGGCCCAGGCAGCGCCUUCAUGGAUCAGUUUGAGCUCAAAAAGAAAGAUUUCAGCAUGAAGACGCCCAGCAAGAGGGCCCACCGACUUGUGCUCCAUAUGCCGCAGCUUCAAGUUACCGCAACGACAGCGAAAUACUACGAGAAGCGGUCUUCAUCUGUGCUGCUUACCCAGGAGGACUACAAGAUGCUCUUUGAUCCAGUAAUUGAUACGAUUAUUGGUCUUGUUCAAGAUCAAGUCAAUCAGAUCAGAGCAAAAGGCGAAUGUCCUAUUGGCACUGUCGUUCUGGUUGGAGGAUUCGGUUCCUCGCCGUAUCUCAGGGAGCGGCUGACAGAGUGGUCUGAAAUUAGAGGGAUCAAAUUGACCACACCAAUUACCGGCGCAUGGUCAGCUGUGGUUUGCGGGGCUGUUUUGCGAGGACUCGAAGGCGAUAUUGUGAGGCAGAAAAAAUGCCGACGACACUAUGGCCAUUCUCUAUCUAGGACCUUGAUUGACCAGGACACUGAAAUCAACACACAGUUCGAACUGAACUGCACGGACGUCAUCCCAGUAUGUGGAGUGCAUACUCUGUACUCGUGUAACUUGGAUGAUGCUCCAGGCACUAUUGAGAAUGAGCGUAUUGAGGAAGUUGGGCAGGUAGCCUACACGCUGCUUGGAGUUGAUCGAGCCAGUCUUCCGCAAGUCACGAUAUCUCGUGUCACACAUUACAAGGUCCCACUGACACUUAAUAUCCGAUUGGGCGACGAGGCUGGCCAUUUGGUAUUCAGGAUCCUGUAUCAAGGGCAGGAAGUGGGCAAGGCGGCAAUCAGCAUCACUGAUGACUGA